UAAAUUCUGAUUUUACUUGUGAGAACAGCAAUACAAAACAUUGCAUUGAGGGGUCAAAUUAGAAGAAAAAAGUAGCGGAACUCAAAAGCGCCAUCAACUGUUUUAUAUUUCAAUGUAAGCUUACACUUUAGCGCAGAAGAGGGCAGCUACCACAAAAAAAGCUCCAGCUCAUUGUAGUAUAUAGGAACAGAGUAGCAAUAAAUAAUAAUACCUAGUUUUUAUGUAGUCCCUUCACACUAUAUUUGUUAUGUAAAGAGCACAAGACACAGCACUCACUGCGCCACUGAGAGCCAGCCACUUUUGACUGGUGGACACAUCAUUGUUCUUUUUCUCAUAUUCUAGCGAGAAAACCUUUGGAUUUUUCUGCUGCAGUUAAUGUUAAAGCAAUUAAACUGUUGUGCAAGUCAUAAGUCUCUAAUCCUGUUAAUAAAAUCAGUGCCUGAAGCCAUAACAUAAUAUUAAAUGGCUAAGACUAAGACUUGAGACAUUAAGGUGAACAGCAGUUAGUCAGUGUCCAAGCUGGAAGGGCCAGGUCAUAUAAUUCUUUUUCCAUAUUCCAAAUUCUUCAUUGUUCUCCUUAAAAACAAGCCCAAAUAAACACCAGCAGCCUAGCAGCUACAGUCAUAAACCAGUGCAUAUAUGUUGAAAUAAUAUUUCUGUAAGGAAACAGAUUUCAAAUUCUGAAAGGGAAUUUCCUUUGAUCCAUCCACUGCCCUUUUUUUAAGUUACUAAUACUUUUUACUUGUUAGUAUUUAGGGCCUGAUCCCAAGCCCACUGACUUCUGUGGGCUUUGGGCCAGGCCCACGCUUCAUUUCUUCCAGUGAUCUCACAGUACUUUGUAAAGGUGGGAAACUAUGAGAAGUUAAGGUCAAAUUUGCAAGCAUGGGUGCCUGAAAUUGGGCAGAUAAAUACAUACUUUUAAAGUAGCCUUAUUUUCAAAGGUGCUGGGCACUAGCAACUCCCAUUCAAGUCAAUGGAAGCUGUGGGCCUCUCUAAAAGUAAGGCCAUUUAUUUAUUAUGUAAAGAUGUAUUAGGUGACUAAAUAUAAUUUAUUAUGAUUCUAAAUUUAAGCAGCCACUGUAAUAAGAAUGUGACUGACUCCAGUGGCUACUGUUUGGGAUUUGCAAUCUAGCCCGUUCUCCCCAGACUAUCUCUGUCUGUGUGUGCAUGCAUGCAGGCAUGCGUGGGGGGAACAGGGGUUCAAGUGCAGCUCUGGCCCCUGUUCUUCCUAGGCUAUUUGUGCAUUUGUCUUUCUUUCUGGGGGGGUGGGAGGUUGGCAGCCAUGGCCCAUUACCCCUUAGGCUGUGUACCUGUGGAUGUCCGUCUGUGUGUGUGUGUGCGCGCCCCUGUUCCCCUCACUCUGUCUGUCUUUCUGAGUUGGUGGUGAUAGUUGCAGCCUUGGCCUCUGUCUCCUCCCCACCCUCCGCUGUGUGUGUGUGUCAUGGGGUGUGGGUUACAGCCAGGGCCAGCCCUAGACCAAAUGGUGCCCCAGAGGAGAAACUUCUUCAGUGCCGCCCCCCCCCCCAACAAUUUCCUAAACUUUUGAAUACCUUACACCACACCAAGCCUGGCACCCCCUGAAGCCCAGCACCCCAGGUGGUAACCUGCCCUAAAUCUGGCCCCGGUUGCAGCCCUUCCCUGGCCCCCCCAAGCUGUGUAUAUAUGUCGGGGGAGGGGGAGGAAUUGCAGUCCUGUCCCCUGUUCCCCUCAGGAUGUAUCUGUGUGGGGGUUGCAGCCCUGACCUCCCGAAAAGCUGUGUGUAGCUGACCGGGGGUGGGGUGUGGGGGGAGGCUGCAGCCCUAGUCCGUUCCCCCUAGGCUGUGGAUAACUGUGUGUGUUUAUGUGUGGGGCGGGGAGGGGGGGUUAUAGCUCUGACCCCCGUUCCCCCCAGGCUGUGCGUAUCUGUCUGUGUGUGUGGGGGGGUUAUAGCUGAGCCCCCUGUUCCCCCCAGCUUGUGUGUAUCUGUGUGUGUGUGUGUGGGGGGGGGGUUAUAGCUGAGCCCCCUGUUCCCCCCACCUUGUGUGUAUCUCUGUGUGUGUGUGUGUGUUAGCUCUGCCCUCUAUUUCCCCCCCGCCCCAGGUUUUGUAUAUCUGUCGGGGGGGGGGGGGUUAGCUCUGCCCUCUAUUCCCCCCCGCCCAGGUUGUGUGUAUCCGUCGGGGGUGGGGGGCAGGUGUUGCGUCCCUGGCCCCCAGGCUGUGUGCAUCUGUAAGGGAGGGGUGGAGGGUUGCAGCCCUGGUCCCCCCAACACUUUCCCGCAGGCUGUGGGGCUUGGUCGGGGGUGGCGGGCAGCAGGCCCGGCGCUGGCGGCAGGCGGAAGGGCAGUGGCUGGCUGGGCGCGGCACAGCUAGCCCCGGGCAGGGCAGGGCCCGUCCCGUCCCGUCAUCACUUCCCCACAGCAGCAGCGGGGCGGGGAUGCCCGGAGAAGGCUGGUGCGCUCGGCGCUGACCUCGCUCCCGCUGGGUCCCUGUCGCUGCAGAGAUCCUCCUCCUCCUCCCGCGCGCCGCCCGGCUGCAGCAGCCGCCGCCAGCAGCGGGCCCCAGCCGCCGCCAUGGACUCCUGCAGCUCGGACGAGUCCCAGAGCAACUCGGCCUGCAGCAGCUCGCUCACCCCGGCGCAGCAGGCGGCGGCGGCGGCCGGCGCCGAGCAGGACUGGGCAGCGGCCAAGGCUUUCUACGACAACCUGGUGUCCACCAAGAGACCCCGCCCGCCUAAGCCCCAAAAUGCCAUCACUGUGGCAGUCUCCUCCCGGGCUCUGUUUGACAUGGUGAAAGACAGGAAAAUCUAUGAAGAGGAAGGGGUGGAGACCUAUGUGAAGUACCAGGAAGAAAACGAGAACCUCCCCCUGAAGCCUGGGCCAGCUUUCUACUUUGUCAAGGCACUAGAGCAGGUCAAUGCCCGGCUUCGUGAGUUGUACCCUAAUGAUGAAGAGCUAUUUGAUAUUGUUCUGAUGACUAAUAACCAUGCCCAAGUGGGAGUGAGACUCAUCAACAGCAUCAAUCACUAUGGUUUAUCGAUUGAACGCUUCUGUAUGACUGGUGGAGAAAGCCCUAUUGGUUACCUAACAGCAUAUCUUACCAACUUAUACCUUUCUGCUGACUCUGAAAAAGUCCAAGAAGCUAUAGAAGCAGGCAUUGCAUCUGCUACAAUGUUCACUGCAAAUAAAGACAUACCUUACUGUGAUAAGCAGUUGAGGGUGGCGUUUGAUGGGGAUGCUGUUCUCUUUUCUGAUGAAUCAGAGCAGAUCGUCAAAGAGCAUGGAUUAGAUAGAUUUUAUGAACAUGAACAGAUGAAUGAGAAUAAGCCCCUUGCACAGGGUCCUUUGAAAGGUUUUCUGGAAGACUUAGGGAAGCUGCAGAAGAAAUUUUAUGCAAAAGACAAACGAUUAGAUUGUCCUAUAAGGACCUACCUCGUCACAGCUAGAAGUGCAGCAAGUUCUGGAGCCAGAGUGCUGAAGACUCUCCGUAGCUGGGGUUUGGAGAUCGAUGAGGCACUUUUCCUUGCAGGAGCUCCUAAGGGACCGAUUUUGGUGAAAAUCCGGCCUCAUAUUUUCUUUGAUGAUCAGAUGUUUCACAUUGAAGGAGCACAACAACUGGGUACUGUAGCAGCACAUGUACCUUAUGGCAUUGGUCAGAAGUACAACAAAUCCAAACCUAAAGAUGACACUGUUAAAAAAUAGCUUCCCUUUAACUUAGACAGCCUCUAACACAUCAAUAGUUAAGUCUGAAAACUCUACAUUUGUAUAUUAUAAGGAGUAUGUUUAAAGAUUUGACCUCUGUAACUAAAGAAGUUUUAAAAGGAAAUAUUUUUAAUAUAGGCAUGUUUUUAAUAGUUUUUUAAUAGUACUCUUCAACACUUUUUGGUUUGGUUUUCUAGGUCUAGCACUGUAGUUUUUUUUUUAUAUUAGGAAAAGUCUUGUGUUGUUUUUAUAGUUUAAGACAUAUUUUAAAGACUUAUAAGUGUGUGACUUCUCUGAAAGGGUUGUAAAUGGGUUAUUUAUAACAUGAAUCAUGCUGCAUAAAGAAUAUUUACAGGUUAUUUUUGAAAAGACCAAAAACGUCGUGCGAGUAUGUUUACCUAUUCAGUGAUUGUGUCAUCAUGAAUCUUUGAUUUGUAUGGGUGAUUUGUAAUUCCAGUGGAAACUGUUAGUUUGUUUGGCCUUGUGUUUACAGGAACCCUUUAUUUUUCUAAACUAUUUUUCCUACUCGAAUAAAGCUGACUUUGCAGAA